GCUGCCUUCGUCCCUCAGCGGUUCUGAGCACGGAGCUGUAUGUGCAUCGUCGGCGGUUUCCUGCUGCUGCUUUGGAAAGGUCAUUCGGAAUCGCGAUUAGUUCAGGGAGCCCAGGAUCCAGGGAGUCAGAAGUGCAAGGAACGAGGCAGCGAAUCCUCGGAACGGUGUUUUUGUAUAAAAUGGGAUUUCUUAUUGUGGUUAUUGGAAUCUGGGUGAGCUCUUCCCUGGUAAAAGCAGAUUCAAAAGCAGUGACGACCUCCUUGACUACUAAGUGGUUUUCCACACCUUUAUUACUUGAAGCAAGUGAAUUUUUAGCGGAAGAAGCUCAAGAGAAAUUUUGGAGUUUUGUUCAAACCUGUCAAGACUUUGGAUCAUCUGAUGGUACUGAGUAUUCCUCUUACAAUGCAAUCCUGAAAGCAGCUUCCCAGAAUCUUUCUCCUUUGCAGCAAAACUUAUUGAAAUUUGCUUUGUCAUUGCGUUCCUAUUCUGCUACUGUCCAAGCCUUUCAGCAGAUAGCUGCUGAUGAGCCCCCACCAAAGGGAUGUAAUGCCUUCUUUGUGGUCCAUGGAGAGAAGACUUGUGAAUUUGACAAACUUGGAAUACUUUUACAAACAGCUUCAGAGAGGCCAAAGCCUUUUAUGUUCAAAGGAGACCACAAAUAUCCAGUUUCAAACCCUGAAAGCCCUGUUGUGAUAACAUAUGCUGAAAUUGGCUCAAAGGAGUUGUCUAGAUACCAUCCGCUACUUGUGUCAAAAGCCAACGCAGGAGAAAUCACUUACAUCCUCAGGCAUUACAUUGCUAAUCCAAGCAAAGAAAAAGUCUACCUGUCAGGCUACGGAGUAGAGCUGGCCAUUAAAAGCACAGAAUAUAAGGCCAAGGAUGAUACCCAGGUGAAAGGUGCAGGUAUGAAUGCAACAGUUAUAGGGGAAAAUGACCCCAUUGAUGAAGUGCAAGGAUUUCUGUUUGGAAAAUUAAGGCAGCAACAUCCAAAUUUGCAAGAAGAAUUAAAAGAAUUAAGAAAACAUCUUGUUGAAAGUACCAAUGAAAUGGCGCCAUUAAAAGUGUGGCAGUUACAAGAUUUAAGUUUCCAAACAGCUGCCCGCAUUCUGUCUGCUCCUACUGUGGAUGCUUUGAUGGUCAUGAAAGAUUUAAGCCAGAAUUUUCCAACUAAGGCUAGAGCAAUAACGAAGACAGUGGUAUCAGCAGAACUCAGGACAGAAGUUGAAGAGAACCAAAAGUACUUCAAAGGGACACUAGGAUUACAAGCUGGAGAUUCUGCCCUGUUCAUCAAUGGACUACAUAUAGAUCUAGAAACACAGGACAUAUUCAGUUUGUUUGAUGUGCUGCGGAAUGAAGCUCGUGUUAUGGAAGGGCUGCACAGUUUAGGAAUCGUAGGUUUUUCCAUGCACAAUGUGUUAAAGCUAAACAUCCAACCAUCAGACUCUGACUAUGCUGUAGAUAUCAGGAGUCCAGCUAUUUAUUGGAUCAAUAAUCUUGAAGUUGACAGCAAAUACAGUUCUUGGCCUUCCAGCGUCCAGGAGCUUCUGCGCCCUACCUUUCCUGGUGUGAUCAGACAGAUAAGGAAAAACUUUCAUAAUUAUGUACUCAUAGUAGACCCAUCCCAUGAAAACACAGCAGAAUUGCUCAGUUUGGCUGAAAUGUUCCUUAGUAACCACAUACCUCUGAGGAUUGGUCUAGUCUUUGUGGUUAAUGACUCGGAAGAUGUUGAUGGAUUACAGGAUGCUGGGGUUGCCCUCCUUCGAGCCUACAAUUACAUUGCACAAGAAGUAGACAACAGUUAUGCCUUCCAGACAGUUAUAUCUAUAUAUAAUAAAGUAAGCACAGGGGAGAAACUGAAAGUGGAACAUGUGGUUAGUGUUCUUGAGAAGCAGUAUCCCUAUGUAGAAGUAAAUAGCAUCCUGGGAGUUGAUUCUGCCUAUGAUCAAAACCGAAAGGAAGGACACGGUUAUUAUAAGCAGACUGGUGUGGGCCCCCUACCAAUUGUGCUUUUUAAUGGGAUGCCCUUUCAAAAAGAACAGUUAGAUCCUGAUGAACUGGAAACUGUGACCAUGCAUAAAAUUCUGGAAACCACCAGCUUUUUCCAAAGAGCUGUGUACUUGGGUGAGCUGUCAAAUGAUCAAGAUGUGGUUGAAUAUAUCAUGAACCAGCCUAAUGUUGUUCCAAGAAUCAACUCUCGAAUCUUGAUGGCUGACAGAGAGUACCUGGAUUUAACUGCAACUAAUAAUUUCUAUGUGGAUGAUUUUGCCAGAUUUACAGUUCUGGACUCCAAAGACAAGACAACAGCUGUAGCUAACAGCAUGACUUACUUGACCAAGAAAGGGAUGUCCUCCAAGGAAAUCUAUGAUGAUUCUUUUAUUCGACCAGUGACCUUCUGGAUCGUUGGAGACGUUGACAAACCAUCUGGCAGGCAGUUGUUAUAUGAUGCAAUCAAACACCAGAAAUCCAGUAACCAUGUCCGGAUUGGCAUGAUUAACAACCCCAGUGAAGACCCAGAUAGUGAGAAUACAGUAAUUGCCAGGGCCAUAUGGGCAGCCUUGCAGACACAAACAUCGAACAAUGCCAAAAACUUCAUUACAAAAUUAACCAAAGAGGAAAAUGCCAAGGUGCUGGAGGCUGGAGCUGAUAUCACUGAAUUUGCUGUUGGAGGUAUGGACAUGGAUACCUUUAAAGCUGCCUUUGAAUCUACUAAAGUGGAUUUUAUUCUUUCUCAUGCCAUGUACAGCAGGGAUGUCCUUAAGCUGAAGAAAGGACAGAGGGCAGUGAUCAGCAAUGGAAGGAUUAUUGGCCCACUGGAAGAUGGUGAGCUGUUUAACCAGGAUGACUUUCACUUGCUAGAAAAUAUUAUGCUAAAGACCUCUGCGCAGAAAAUAAAAUCUCAUGUUCAGGAACUAGGAGUGGAGGAAGAUCUUGCAAGUGAUCUUGUGAUGAAGGUGGAUGCCCUUCUGUCUGCUCAGCCAAAAGGAGAGGAAAGAAGGGAAAACCUUUUUUUUGAAGACAAACAUAGUGCAAUUAAGUUGAGACCAAAGGAGGGACAGACAUAUUUUGAUGUUGUGGCUGUUGUUGACCCUGUUACCAGAGACGCACAAAGAAUUGCUCCAUUACUUAUGGUGUUGAACAAACUAAUAAACAUGAACCUGGUAGUUUUUAUGAACUGCCAGUCCAAACUCUCUGACAUGCCUUUGAAAAGCUUUUAUCGCUAUGUUUUGGAGCCAGAGAUCAUUUUCUCACCAGACAAGCUUUUAAUUCCUGGGCCGGUUGCCACAUUCUUGGACAUGCCCCAGUCUCCUUUGUUUACUUUGAAUCUAAAUACUCCAGAGAGCUGGAUGGUGGAGUCUGUACGAACAAGAUAUGAUCUUGACAACAUUUAUUUAGAGGAGGUGGAGAGUAUAGUGGCAGCAGAGUAUGAAUUAGAGCACCUCCUUUUGGAAGGGCACUGCUAUGAUAUCACUACAGGACAGCCUCCCCGGGGGCUUCAAUUUACACUAGGAACAUCAACAGACCCUGUGGUGGUUGACACCAUUGUCAUGGCCAACUUAGGCUACUUCCAAUUAAAAGCCAAUCCUGGUGCAUGGUUUCUGAGACUCAGAAAGGGGAGAUCUGAGGACAUCUAUAGAAUCUACAGCCAUGAUGGCACAGAUUCUCCUCCUGAUGCCAGUGAAGUUGUUGUUGUUAUCAGCAAUUUUAAGAGCAAAAUAAUCAAAGUGAAGGUUCAAAAGAAACUAGAUAUGAUAAAUGAAGAUCUUCUAAGUGAUGGAACUAAUGAGAAUGAGUCAGGAUUUUGGGAAUCUCUUAAAUGGGGGUUUACAGGUGGACAGAAGAAAGAAGAGCUGAAGCAGGAUAAAGAUGAUGUGAUCAAUAUAUUUUCUGUGGCAUCAGGACAUCUAUAUGAGAGAUUCCUUCGCAUAAUGAUGUUAUCUGUGCUGAAACACACACAGACUCCAGUGAAAUUCUGGUUCUUGAAGAAUUAUUUGUCACCAACAUUUAAGGAGUUCAUCCCAUAUAUGGCUGAAAAGUACAAUUUCCAGUAUGAACUAGUCCAGUACAAAUGGCCACGAUGGCUUCACCAGCAAACAGAGAAGCAGCGUAUCAUUUGGGGUUACAAAAUCCUCUUUCUGGAUGUGCUUUUCCCCCUCGCAGUUGAUAAAUUCCUGUUUGUAGAUGCUGACCAGAUUGUACGGACAGACCUCAAGGAGCUAAGGGAUUUCAACUUGGAUGGUGCACCAUAUGGUUAUACGCCAUUCUGUGACAGCCGGCGAGAGAUGGAUGGCUACCGAUUCUGGAAAUCAGGAUACUGGGCAAGUCACUUGGCUGGAAGAAAAUAUCACAUCAGUGCUCUCUAUGUGGUAGAUCUGAAGAAGUUCAGAAAGAUAGCUGCUGGUGACCGGCUCCGAGGACAAUAUCAAGGUCUUAGCCAAGAUCCCAACAGUUUAUCCAACCUUGAUCAGGACUUGCCCAAUAACAUGAUCCAUCAGGUGCCCAUUAAAUCACUUCCACAAGAGUGGCUUUGGUGCGAAACAUGGUGUGAUGAUUCGUCAAAGAAGAAAGCAAAAACCAUUGAUCUGUGUAAUAACCCAAUGACCAAAGAGCCCAAGCUGGAGGCAGCUGUGAGGAUUGUUCCCGAGUGGCAGGACUACGAUCAAGAAAUUAAGCAGCUGUACAGCCAUUUCCAACAAGAGAAAGCAACAGGAGCAUUCUCUAAAACAAAUGGAACAGAACAGCCAGGUCAAGAAGGAAUGUCAGCGCACACAGAAUUAUGAUCCAUGGAGACAAACCAAGUGAGACUGUUUCAAAGACAAUUUUUCUAUCAAAUACUAGUUUUUUCUAGUAUGUUUGCAGAACUGCUGAGUAAACUGAAGCGGUGUGAUGAUGUAUCUUGCUUGGUUGAAUUGAUUUCUGCAGAUGGAAUGGGAUCUGGAUGCUUAGAAUGAGCGUAACUGGCUUUAUUUACACCUGCAAGAGACGGAAGAGUCUAUUGAGGAAUGUUAAAUUCUGGUAACGUUUUGAAGCACCCUGAAAAGCAAGCUUCAGGUCUCUUCUUCAACUUUUGGUAGAGGACACCACUGAACAUCAAGAUUGUGUUGGUUGCACCUACCUUUCUGGGCAGCCAGAGGAAAAGUGCUACUCAGAGAAAGGGCAGAACACUGAGAAUAUGCAGGCUGUUACCUCACAAGGUUUUGAGGAAGAGCAAAAAUUUUUAUGGCUGGAAUAGGGCUUGGUAACAUCCCUGGAAUUGACAGACAGGUGCUGAAUUGGAUUCAGGGUUUCUUCCUCUCUUUCUUUCGUUAUGCCCUUGAUUUUGGUUUUAGAACUGCAGUACUUUCAUUUUAAAUGGGACAUUGUGAAUAUCCCAUUUAAUCUAUCAUACAACAAAAUGUCAAAGAAACCCCAACCUCUUCAAAAAUGUACAUUUGCAAAUAAAUGUAUAUUUUAAUCAAGCAAUCAUCCAAAAUUUUCCCCCAUUGGAGAAGAUGCCAAGAUGUCUUCUUGACAUAUUUCCUCAAAUUCACUAAAGACUGCAAAAUAAUUAGGGCAUUAAUACUCUUGCAGAUUUCUCAUUUCAUGAAUGUACUUUGUUGAUGCUGAUCUGUGGAAGUUUCUUGGUUAUGUAAAUUUCAUAAAUUUAUUUUUCCUCAACACCCAAAUGGUGUCAGAAAAAUAAAGCCUUAGAGUUCCUAGAUCUUUUCUCUAAUUCUCCUCUUUCAAACCUCUUUAAUCAUUUUAUUUUGAUUUUUCUUAAUGCUUUUUAAUGUAAAGCACUAGUUGACUUCUUUUGUUUUCAAUAUUGUUCUAAAUUCACACUUUUUAAUUUAUCAGGACUUGUAUAUUUUACGUUUCAGGUGCACAGAGCAGAACAUACCAUGUUUGUUCCCUUCACCUUGGGUUAAAAUUAUUUUGGAGUUUUUCCCUCCAUUUAUAAUUUUAAAAAAUCUUUUGCCUGUCAAGUAGGUCCAGCCCAAAAAUACUGCAUUUACAAUGUGCUGAACAACUUUGUACAGGUUUUGAGGUCUUGUCCAUUCACUACAAAAAGCAUAAGCUUUUGAGAACCACAACUCUCCUGACGAAAAUAGCUGUGGUUCUUGAAAGUUUAUGCUACAAUAACGUUGGUUUGUCUUAAAGGUGCUACUGGACUCUACUAUUUUGCAACUACAGACUAACACAGCUAACUACUUUGGAUCUACAAAAAGCAUGACAUUUUUGUUGAUCUGCUCCUUUCUGGACAUUGGUUGGUGGGCACUCUGCUAUAGAAAAGUGUUACCUCCACAGUUCAUGCCUAAUAUUGGAUAUUCUUAAAUAGGUCUACAAACAAGAGAACAGAAUGCUACUUUGUAUUUAUAUGACUAUGCUAAGUUGGCGUAAUUACAGCUUUUGACCAUAGAAUUUUAAAAAAAAACAACCCAGAAUAUUUUCUUAUUAUGAAAUGUAUUUAUUUAAUUGAGUCCAGUAGCACCUUU